GCACGUCUGCGGCAUAUGUCGGUCGAUUCUAAGGACAUUGUCCAGUCUGUGAACUCGCUCGCACGGUUUCGAGCCUCUUAGUGAUACCGCGACCAUCGUCCAAAGCGACGUUUCUUCCACGUUGCCUCCAUUUUCGAUCCAACCUGUUUCGAAGAGAUCGGUUGGGGUCGACGAAUCAGCGAGCAUCGAAAUUUGAAAAUGCGCGGUAGAAUUUACGAGGUGCAUUGAGAAGGAAAAAAGAGAGAAAACGAUCAUGCCGGCCGGGAUUUCAGCGUUGGCGCCAACCGCGAACGGAGAUCCGUUCGUCCUCGAGGGAAAGAGUUCGGCCACGUUCACGAUUCUUCGAAAGGGUGGGUUGGAUGCCACGAGUCCGCCUGUUGUUCGCGUGGACGACGAGGCGAAUCGUCUGGAGAAAAGCAAUCCGACGUUGGAGCAUCGAAGGCGCAUCAGCAGAUCGAACGAUCAUUUGGCCCAAUCGAGGCUGCAGUCGAACCAAGCGAAUCCAUUGAGAAGGGAGUCGCGAAGCAGGAGCGAAGACGAUUGCCGAACUGUCGACCAGAAGAUACCUGCCAUCAAGCCGAGCAUGACACUGUCCACGGAGGAUUUCAACGAGGUUCUGAACGCGAAAUUGAGGAAACUGCAGGAGCAGGAGAGGGAGAAAGAGGAGGAGCGCAAGAGAGGGGCGAGGAAAAGUCAGGGGUUUCGCAAAAAGCCGUUCAUCACGACCGUGAAGACGGGCGAGUUUCUAAUGCCGCCCCCGGAAGUGGCGGCCCUUCUCGGAAUACCGUCAAACGGGAACGAAACCGAGGAAACCGAAAACUGCCCCUUGCGCUCCAAAUUCAAAUCGCUCGCGUCGUUGGCCAGGAAACCGGAAGUUCGUCAUAGCAGCCACAUAGCCAGGUGUCCGACUGCCCUCAAGGCCACUGUCGACUUCACCCUCGGAAUGAUGAACGCGACGACCAUGGCCGCCUCCACGACCUUGGACGAUCGAACCAAGAUCGCGAGGAGGAACGACGCGACCGACCAACGAAUCCCUUUCGGGAAUAUUAUGUUCGAUCGUCGCGUUGUUCGUGGAAGUACUUUCGCCGCUACUCCCGUUCUUAUCGAUGGUGAACGAUCGAUGGCUGCCAGGCAGGCGGAGGCAAGAAGGAGAAAUUUGGCUAGGAAACGGGCUCAGGCACUGGCUACGAAAAGUUUGGUGGCUAGAGCUGGUUCGCCACCCCCUGUUCCUGGCCGAAAACACGAACCCGUGCAAACGGAAAUAUACCUCGAGGAGUUGCUCGAGAAACCGGACGAGGUCGAAGUCGCUACGCAAACCGAUUAUUUCUUGGACAAACCGUUGUCGCCGAAAUAUUGCCCGCAAAAAGUUGGAGAAGAUGCCUCCACUCAAAUAGAGCCCGGCGACCUGUUCGACUUCGACUUCGAGGUGCAACCAAUACUUGAGAUACUGGUUGGUAAAACGAUAGAGCAGGCGUUGAUGGAGGUUCUCGAGGAGGAAGAAAUUGCCGCUUUGAAGGAGCAACAGAGAAAGUUCUUGGAAUUGCGAGCCAUGGAAAAGGCAGAGACGCGAAGAUUGGAGGAGCAGGAGAGAAGGCUAAGGGAAGAAAAGGAUCAACGAUUGAAACAAUACGAAGACUCGAUGAUCGCUCAAAGGGAAACGGAAGAACGAAUUGCAGCAGCUACCCUGUUAACAGGAUAUAUAGCCGAACUUCUUCCAGCUGUUCUAGAAGGAUUGAAAAUGUCCGGUUUCCUAUUGGACGAGAUCAAGGCUGAUGUCGAAGAUGGUUUCAUGCCCUGGUUGAUGAGAGAGGUUAAGAAAGAAAUAGGGCACAUGGUUGAGAGCAGAGAAGUUCUUAUGGAGAUAAUCAGGGAAAUUUUGGAGAAUCGCGCGGAAACGUACAAAAAGCUUGGCGAGGAAUACGACGCCUCUAGGAAAAAACCGAUGAUCGAUACUCUAGAAGACGGAGGGAUCGAUCCAAAUUUCAUUAAUUACGAGCCGCUUGUCAUCGAGGGCCAGGACGUUUAAACGCCAGCCAAAAUUAUUCGAUCUUGUACGUUGAGAAUUGAGAGAAAAGAAAGGGAGAAGAGAGAUUUUUAUCAAAGUGGCAUCGUUGGCAAAUCGUCGACAUCGUCAAUUUUUUUCUUUUCCUUUUUUUCCCGUUCUUUUUGCUUCUCUCCUUUCGUUUACCGAAGCUUUUCGAUUGCUCGUUGAUCUUCGAAAAGGAGAAACGAGCAUAUCAUAGUUAGCUUUCGGAUUUAGGGACACCUUCACCAGUAUCCAACCAAUCCCUAUUCCAGUGGCUUCUACAUUAAGCAGUGUACACAGCUGCGAAACAAAUCCAUCUCCUCCGGUUGCGCCCCGUGACAGGUCACCACCGCCGCGUUUUCGAUCCCCAUAGCAAACAUCAACCACCACCACCACCACAAAAAAAUUCAUUAAAAAUUAAUCAUUCGUUUUCUAUAUCGAUUCAUUCUAAGAUAAGUUAUUCGUUUAAAUCUCUUCGUUUCUAUUUAUAUCUCGUUGUUCAGGUUUAUCGAAGAAGAAGAAGAAGAAGAAGAAGAAAGAAGAUUGGUCGAAAAAUAAAUGAUUGAAAAUUUAAGCAAGCAGCUAAGAGAAAUUUAAGAGAGAGAAAUGCGAAAGAUUUGUAAUAAUUAAUAACUGAUAAUUUCACAAAAAAAAAAAAAUAAUUCAAAUUGAUGCAAAUAAAAGAAACGUUUAAUAUC